AUGGCUAUUGAUGUCGCAAUCUGGUGGCUUCGUUGUUUAUCAUUUAUUAUCGUCAUACCAUUUCUUGGACCACAUCUCGUAGCUAUUGGAAAAAUGCUUCAAGAUCUUGUAUUCUUUUUAUGCAUUAUUGCAGUUGUUAUGAUUGGUUAUGGUGUUGCAUCUCGUUCAAUGGUUUAUUAUCCAGUAGAGAAUGGUUUUACAACAAAAACAAAUGGUUCUAUAGAUAAUAGUUUUGAUGGUAGAGCUGUUUUUCAUCAAGUUCUAUAUCCUGUUUACUAUUUGUUAUACUCACAAUUUGGUAACGAAUUACAAAAUCUUGAUAAUAAUUCUGAUGCUGGCUGGUCCAUUGCUACUCAUGUAUUACUUGCUUUUCAUAUGAUUUUUGUGAAUCUUUUACUAGCUAAUCUACUUAUAGCUAUGUUUAGUAAACGAUUUGAUGAAGUUCAUGAAGAUACACAAAAUAUUUGGCGUUCACAAACAUAUUUAUAUACACGUGAAUAUUAUGCACGUUCACCAUUUUUACCACCAAUAAGUCUUUUUUAUGAUAUUUAUUAUUUAAUUCGUAUGUUCGUCUUCUUUAUAAGACGAACUUGUUUAAAACAUUCAGAAGAUUCAAAGGCUAUAACUUUUAAAAUUGUUCCCAAUAAUAAAUCUAUUGUAAAAGAAUGGUAUGAAUUUGAAGAUUCAGCAACAUAUGAACAUGCUUAUGAAAAAGUAAAAGAAUGGAAAGCUACACUUGAAAAAUCAAAAUUGGAAUUCGAUUCAGGUAAUAAAGUAAAAAAGGUUCAAAAUGAUAAUAAUUCAGAUAAUAAAGCGAAAAAGGAUAAAAAGGUUCCAAAUGACAAUGAUCCAGAUAAUAUUCUUAAUAGUUUGAAAGAAAUACAAAAUGAUUUGAGUAAAUUGAAAUUGAAAAUUGAAGCUACACCUGGCGAUGUGAAUAUGGCAUCUAAGUAAAAUAUAUCAUCAACCGAUGACAAAUUACAUACUCAAUAAUUUAUUUUGUUUUUAGAAAUGAAUAAGAAAAACAGUGAAAUUAAUAUGCAAUUCAAUAACUUCAAGAACUUUAAUUAUUAUUCAUUUAACGAACUGUUAUAUUUUUUACUUUUGUAUUCAUUUUCAAUUCAAAUUUUCUUUAAGUUCUGCAAUUGAACCGAUGUUUUACUUUUUAUUCUUUUCAUUUAUUUAAGCACAUAAUCUGGAAAAUUUGAUUUUGGACAAUUGAUUUUGACAUAUUAUCUAUUUGUUUCAGGAAACAAAUUAAAUGGUCAAUACUAUAAAGAAAAUUUUCAGUAGAUACAUCUGACUAGGCUGUGGGUUUGAAUUUUCAUACUAGAUUGGAACUUUGCUAUGAGUUAGAAGUGUUGAUGUUGAAUUUGAUUGUAAUGGUUAGAAGUAGGAGUGACAAUAAUGUGUAUAUACCUACACUUGUAUCUCAGACUGAACUCAUAUACAUAAAUAAAAAAGAGUAAUUUCUAUAAAUAUUCUUUGUUAAAAUAUCGUUCCUAACAACUCGAAAUCAAUAAGUCUUUUUAAAUUGAUUACUAAGCUUUUCAAAAUACUUACUAUAGUAAAGCUAAUUUUUUUUACUAAGGAAAAAUUACUGAACAAUUAAAUAUAGAUCUUGAUUUAAUAAUUUUUGAUUAUUUUUAAUUGAUUUCAUAUUGUUUUGAAGUUAAUAUGUUUAAUAAAAUAUUCAAUUGAAAUCAUAUUAAUGGGUGACAUAGGCAUCAUGAUAAUGGUCGCUUUUUGCAUUUUAAUUUUCAUUCAUUUAGUAUAUCGUAUUUAAAAAGCAAAAUAUACUACGAGAUAUAGCAGAAAAAACUCUACAGUCUACACAGUAAACCUUAUUGCAAUUGCUGUCCAAAACAAGCAAAACUUUCUGCGAUCAAUUUUCUCAUGGUUGAAAUUUAGAUCGCUCCAAACUUUGUUGAUUGGGUGGGGUGUGGGGAUUCCAGGACUUCGCCAAUAAGACUUUCGCCAAUUAUUAGCGAAAAUCCAGAGUUUGUACUGGCGAAAGUCCGCUGAACUUUCGCCAAUUGGCGAAUAUCCAAGGGUAAAUUGGCGAAAGUCGAAUCGAUUUUCAUUAAUGGCGGUGGAGGUGGAACAAACAUGCGUAUUAUAAGCGAUGAGAACUAUCUAUAGAAUUAAAACAUGUACCUCAAUUCAUACAGUUAUGAAUAUAGUUGAUGUCAACCUCUCUAAUCAAAACUGCCAUUAUACUUAGAUUGGAGAAAGUUCAUUGAAAAUUCGCCAAUUGGCGAAAGCACUGGAAGUUCGCCAAAUGGCGAAAAUACAGGGGGUAUAUUGGCGAAAGUUCACUGCACAUUCGCCAAUGGCGAAAGUCCAGUUUGCGAAAUUUCUAUUGACGACCUUCCGGUAACCCCUUUAUUCUGAUAAAAUUCAUAAAGAAUACAUAUUGUUACGUGAUCUAACACUGAUAAAAGCUUUGGAACUCUAUGUUAUUUUCAUCACGAAUUCUGAAACAUCAAAGAUGUCCAAUAUGUGAAUUUUUCUCUUAUAUUGGAUGAGUUAUAAGAAAUUAGAAGCCCAAAAUUUUGAACGGAAAAUUUUAUGUUGAGUAUAACUGAUGAAAGUCUGUGACCAUAAAAAAAUUUCAAGUCAAUCAAUCGUGCCAUUCUUGAGAUAUGGCCUUGUCAGGAGUUAUCUUUCUCAAUGCAUUGAUUUCUAAUACUUUUCGUCAAAUGGUUAUGAACAUGUCAAUGUAGUUGAAUAUUUUUCGAAAUGGCUUACACCAAAGUUCAUAAAACUCUUUCCUCAAUAAACAUAUAUCAAAUUGAGCAAAACCUGAUGAACUUGAUU